UGAGAAGGAGAGUCGAGUGAUUAGUUACCUACUGGUAGUAGCUGCAGAUGUGAAUACUGCUUCCGCGUAAUCUGUGUGACCACGACAAGGCAGUAAAAAAUGAACUAGACCUCUACCGUGCCAUACGUGAGAAUUCCUGGCCCGGAAAAAGUGCGGAGAGUCACGAUGAGUUACUUUGUAUAGAAGCUCGCAUGGGAGUAUGGGGAAGGAGACGGAUUUGGAAGGUCACGCUGCGUGGGCCACAGGCACUGUGCCAGCGAUUGAUGAUCAGCGGCCACUAUUGCUUGAUUCGAACCUCCCUGACGAUCCAACAAGGCCGCCGCUGCAGCAUCUUGAUAGCGCUAAAUCAAGCAAAACCUCACGUAUUCGAAGCAACUUAAUCUUGUUUUGCAUAGCACUGAAUAGCAUGGUUGUAGCAGCUGCAAUCAGCCUGAUGAUGCCGUUCUUUGGAGGCGAGGCGUUAAGAAAAGUCCCCAGUGGAAAUUUGGCGAACCACUUCGCCAUUGGCGUGAUAUUCAGUAUAGCAACUUUUGCGGAAUUUCUUGCUGCUCCUAUCUUAGCCAAGGACUUGGUGAAUGUUGGAAGUAAGUUGAUGUUGGUCCUGAGUACUUUUGAAGUUAGUGCGAUGGUAUUUCUGUUUAGUUUUGUCAAUAAAAUUGAGUCGUGGGGUAUUUUCCUGGUGGUAUGCAUCUCAAUACGUUUAGUCCAAGGCAUUUCAACGGCAGCAUAUUUUGUGUCUUCAUUUUCAAUACUCGUCGGUGCGUUUCCAGAGUCGAAAGGCCUUGUGAAUGGUGUGCUGCGGUGUGCGAAUGGCGUUGGUUACGCAAUGGGUCCUGCAAUUGGCGGAGUUCUGUACGAUGUGGCUGGAUUUGCCGUGCCAUUCUACGUGUUCAGUGCAAUCGUAGCCGUGGCCUGUGUUCUUGUUGUCAUCGUUUUGCCGUCCACUGAGGCUGGGCUGUCGUCGGUACGGCUGAAGAGUAACAUAAGUUUUACUCAGGUACUAUCUGUACCCUGGGUGUGGAUGAUCCUUGUGAGCACCUUUCUUGCCAACAUUAUCAUGGGCUAUGUUGAGCCAGUAUUCUCAGUCUACCUAAGAACUUCUUUCAACUUGUCCACCACGUAUGCUGGAAUUGGAUUUUUCGUAUUCAGUAUAUUCUACAGUGGUGUGUCGCUGGUGAUGGGAUACUGGAUAGACAGCUGGCUCAAUCCCAGGAUGCUGCAAGCACUCGGUCUAUUGUCGUGUGGAAUCGGCUGUCAGUUAGUGGGGCCGGCUCCGUUUCUGCCACUGCCAAAAUCGCUUGCGCUCUCCUACGUUGCAUUUGUGUUGUUUGGAAUCGGCAGCGGACUUUCCCUGGUCUCAGCUUCACCAGAUAUUGCAAAUACGCUGCAUGCCAAUGGUUUAGGGACUCCUGGUGAACUGCGUGCAAUAACCGGUGGCCUCUAUCAAGCAUCAAUGUCGCUAGGCUACUGUGCAGGACCGCUAUUAGGCAGCCCUAUAACUGCAGCAGUUGGGUUUCAGUACUCACUUUCAUUUCUGGGUAUAAUGUAUUUGCUCUGGACGGUGGUGUUUUCCAUCGCUGCGUUCAGCAGUGAGAAAUUGCUCAUGUUGCAACUUGAGAACCUUGUGAAGGGCAUCUGAAAUUCAUCAACUAGUAUCCCUCAUAGUGUUUUCACCGGUUAGAAGUUGACCGAGCGUACAAAUUUUAUUUAAAACGAUGAAAAUGUGAAGAAAUGGUGUAGAGAAAACAUUUUCUCUACACCAUUUCUUCACAUUUUCAUCGUUUUAUUCAAAUUUAUUGCACAUUGUCUCCACAGUUUUACAUUGUAUGAAUAAAGUGUACACAAAUGUCGAUUCAGCUUGUAUUAGUGAUUGCGGUUAUCAAAUUGUCACAUUUUCUCUACACCAUUUCUUCACAUUUUCAUCGUUUUAUUCAAAUUUAUUGCACAUUGUCUCCACAGUUUUACAUUGCAUGAAUAAAGUGUACACAAAUGUCGAUUCAGCUUGUAUUAUUGAUUGCGAUUAUCAAAUUGUCUCCUCGCCGUUUGUUCAAAUUAUGAAAUCGGUUGGAUUAUAUCUAUUUUA